CAUUCAUAGCUGGGUGAAUCCUCGCGGCAGAGAGGGACGUAGCCCUGGACGCGGUCCCCCGAGACGUCAGUACUGGGUAGGUGGGGGUUAUCCGGCUCGGGCGAGCGAGCGGACGAGUGGCGGAAGCGGAACGGGUUGCCUUGCCUAGGUGACUCGCUAUUCCUGGGCCCUCUCCCAGUCAUGGGCGUGCAGCCCCCCAACUUCUCGUGGGUGCUCCCUGGCCGGUUGGCUGGGCUGGCGCUGCCCAGGCUCGCUGCCCACUACCAGUUCCUGCUGGACCUGGGCGUGCGGCACCUGGUGUCCCUGACGGAGCGCGGGCCCCCGCACAGCGACAGUUGCCCUGGCCUCACCCUGCACAGACUGCGCAUCCCGGACUUCUCCCCGCCCGCCCCGGAGCAGAUCGACCGCUUCGUGCAGAUUGUGGACGAGGCCAACGCCCGGGGCGAGGCCGUGGGAGUGCACUGUGCCCUGGGCUUUGGCCGCACUGGCACCAUGCUGGCCUGUUACUUGGUGAAGGAGUGUGGCCUGGCUGCAGGAGAUGCCAUCGCUGAAAUCCGGCGCCUUCGACCUGGCUCAAUCGAGACGUAUGAGCAGGAGAAAGCUGUCUUCCAGUUCUACCAGCGAACUAAAUAAGGGGACUCAGCACCCUUCUGCCAGGCCCCCGCUGCCUUGACCAGAGUGUUAGAUGAGGCCAGAGACAUGGACGUGGGCUAAAGCCCUCCAGCUUCCAGCUGCCUCAAGAAAUUGAAGUUGCCCUUCCCUGCAGGCAGACCCUGAUUGAAGGAAUGGCUGGGACUGCACUGAUGUGGGGAUUCAUCUGCUGCUUCCCUGAAUAAAUAACUUAUAAGAACCA